UAAGGAAGUAAAAUGGCGGACUUGGCAAACGAAGGAGGAUUGUGAGGUGAGGAGUAACAGUGAUUGUUAUAACAAGAGCUAGGGAUCAGAGAUGACAGCAUGGCUGAUGAGGAAAAACCUGCCAUAGCGCCACCGGUGUUUGUUUUUCAGAAAGAUAAAGCUCAGAAGAGGUCUCUGGAUGGGUCCAGUGCUGAAGAUGGAGAGGAUUCGGAUAAAGAGGACAGUUAUAGCCCUCCUGUCAAGAGGGAGAGAACUUCGUCAUUAACACAUUUCCCACCUUCCAACUCUGUUUCCAAGAAUAAUGUGUUCAUGCCAUCCAGUUUCUGCCAGUCUCCAACUGGAAAUUCAGAUUCAGAACCAGAGGAGAAGACGGUUGGCUUUCGCUUGAAACCCCCAACGCUGAUCCAUGGCCAGGCCCCAAGUGCAGGCGUCCCCAGUCAGAAGCCCAAGGAGCAGCACCGGAGUGUCCUCCGCCCAGCCAUGCUGCAGGCACCUCCACCCAAGGCCUUCAGCCAGUGCAACUCAAAGGGCAGUACCAAUGGGCUGAACCAGCAGUCAGAAGGGCCGUCAGAUGCUCAGAACAACACCGAGCACUCCAGGGACAGCAAGGAGGACACAGAUAAGUCACCGGCAAGUGACAAAGCAGAGGAUGGAGCCAAGGCUCAGGGGGAGAACACUGUGGGAAAAGGGGCCCCACUGGAAGCCACGUUUGUCUUCGGGCAAAACGUCCGAGACCGAGCCAAGGUGGAGGAAAGCUGUGAUUCCUCGAAAAGCAAAGACACAGGGUCGCCAUCAACCGAUUCAGAGGAAACCAACUACUUUCUACAGUAUAUCAGCACCACGGGCGCCAGCCGGGCUGCCAACAAUGCCGACUCCAGUGCAAAGUUUGUGUUUGGACAGAACAUGUCCGAUCGUGUCCUGAGUCCCCCUAAAAGCGGUGAGGCAGUAGUGGAGGGCAGUAAAGACCCUCCACCAUCUGCUCCAGUCUCUGAGCCAGCUAGCUCCUCACAGGAAAACACCCCAGAAAAGGACACUGGCGCCGGCGGCAGCGGAGCAGAGUCGUUGGAGCAGUCUGCUGCUGCCUACACCAAAGCCACGGCCAAAAGGUGCCUGCUGGAGAAGGUGGAGGUUCGGACCGGGGAGGAGUCGGAGAGCAACGUGCUGCAGAUACAGGGCAAGCUUUUUGUGUUUGACAAGACGGCCCAGUCCUGGAUAGAGAGAGGACGAGGACUACUCCGACUGAAUGACAUGGCGUCAACAGAUGAUGGAACACUGCAGUCAAGAUUGGUGAUGAGAACCCAGGGCAGUUUACGGCUGAUCCUCAACACCAAGCUGUGGCCUCAGAUGCAGGUGGACAAGGCCAGUGAGAAGAGCAUCCGCAUCACGGCCAUGGACACUGAGGACCAGGGGGUCAAGGUCUUUCUCAUAUCGGCCAGCUCUAAGGACACCGGGCAGUUGUUUGCAGCUCUCCACCACCGCAUCCUGGCGCUCCGCAGCCGCGCGGACCAGGAGCCCGAGGUCAAGGUGCCGCUGCCAGAGAUCACGCACUCCCAUGAGGAGGACAGCGACGAGGAGAACCAGCACACCUCCAGCUCGGGCAUGGCUGCCACCCCUGCGUCCGCGUCCACGCCUGCGCCUUCCAGUGGUGAGGCUGAAGAAGGAGAAACUCAGUCUACAGAGAGCACAUAACCUCAGCUCCUCUCCUGUCCACCCACCUCUCUCUCUCUCUCUCUCUCCUCUUCCCCCCCCUGUCUAUAUCUCUCUC